AGUUGAAAGUAGAUGAACACCUUUUGUGUUAAUGGAAAUUGCUGAAGAGUUUAAUUGCAUGAAUGAACAAAAUCCUCGUCAUGACAGUGACAUUUUAUUUAUGAGGUGGACAUUGUCUGAAGGCAUGGUUAGGUUGAUGCAUUUAAUAGAAAAUGUGUCUGAUGAGACCAUGAAUUGCUGUUUUUCACGUUCUUUGUUCUUUUAUGUGUGAGACAACCAUGUAAUGAAUUUUGGGGGUACUAGGUGGUGUUCUUGUUUGGAGAAGAGUGGUGGGAGUAGCUUCUCUUCACCAAUAAGGAUUUGAAGCUUUUCACAGUUUCAACGUUCAACUAAGCUGGGGUUUGACUGGGAAAAGAGAUGGACAAAAUUCUGGAAGCAGAUGCAAAUACUGUAUCUCAGCGUUCCUCAUCUUCUUCAGUUGUUGCUCUGGCAAUCAAGGGUAACAAGAAAAGCAAAUAUGUGGUACAGUGGGCACUGAAUAAGUUUGUUCCAGAGGGAAUGAUUAUCUUCAAGCUCAUACAUGUCUAUGCUACUAUAAAAGGAGUUCCAACGCCAUUGGGAAAUGUGAUCCCUCUUUCACAAGUGCGUAAUGAUGUAGCAACUGCGUUCAAGAAGGAAGUGGAGUGGCAAACAAACCAAAUGCUUCUACCUUUCAAGAGAUUGUGUGAGCAAAGAAAGGUGCAUGUUGAUGUUGUACUGAUUGAAUCAGAUGAUGUGGCUAUUGCAAUAGCAGAGGAAGUGGCUAAGGGUGUGAUCACCAAACUUGUUGUUGGAGCUUCAUCUCGUGGCAUAUUUAAAAGUAAACAGAAGGGUAUAUCUAUGAAAAUAUCAGUAAGCACUCCAAGAUUUUGCACAGUUUAUGCUAUUUCGAAGGGAAAAUUGUCCAUACGACAGUCAGACAUGCCGAUUGAUGGCAGCAUUAUAGAUGAUGCUAGUGAAACCAGUUUGUCUUCCGGCAGCUCAUCUAACUACACUUCCACCUCUCAGACAGAAUCUGCCUCAGUUUCAUCAUAUGCUGGUUUACACUCGUCUUCCCUAGCAACCCAACGAUUUCAAGCUCUUUCAAGUAUAAAUAGUGCCCUCCUAAGCACAAAUCCGAGUUUAAGUGACACCAGCCAUUCUAGAGGCCAAUCUCUAGAUCUUGGGAGAGAAAAUACUGCAACCAGCUCUGCUAGAAACUCAGACAUUGAUCAUGCCUUAAGUCGAGUCUCUAGUUGCAAAAGCUUUAUUUCGGAUACUGAAUCUUGGAUGUAUGAUCAAAAUUCUAUAAAGGAUGUGCCACUAGCAACUACACUUCCAUCACCUAAUAGGCAGGCAAAAUUGAACCUUGAGCUGGAAAAGUUGAGAAUUGAGCUAAGACAUGUCCAAGGACUUCAUGCGGUAGCUCAAAGUGAGAAAAUUGAAGCAUCGCGGAAGCUGAAUGACCUUAGCAAGAGACGGUCAGAAGAAACCAUGAAAAUGAAGGAGAUUAUUGCUAAGGAGGAGAAGGCAAAGGAAUUAGCAAAACUAGAAAUAGAGAAAUAUCAGGAUGCAUCUAGAGAAGCUGUAUAUUUGAAAGAAUGUGCUGAAAGGGAGGCUGUGGAAAGGAAAGAAACAGAGUUGAAAGUCAUCCGUGCUACAAAAGAGAAAGAAAAGUUGGAGGAUGCUCUUAGUGGUAAUAUACUGCAGUACCGGAAGUUUACAUGGGCUGAAAUAGUCUCAGCUACUUCAUCUUUUUCUGAAGAUCUGAGAAUUGGAAUGGGAGCAUAUGGAACAGUGUACAAGUGCAAUUUGUAUCACACAACUGUUGCCGUUAAAGUUCUCAACACUAAUGGAAAUAAAAAUCGUGAAAGCAAGCAAUUCCAACAAGAGUUAGAGAUAUUGAGCAGAAUUCGUCAUCCAAACUUGCUUCUUCUUCUGGGUGCAUGUCCUGAUCGUGGAUGUCUUGUAUAUGAAUAUAUGGAGAAUGGUAACCUGGAGGACAGACUGCUGAGGAAAAACAACACUCCCCCAAUCACAUGGUAUGAGAGAUUUCGAAUAGCUUGGGAAAUUGCAUCAGCUCUUGCCUUUCUUCAUAGCUCAAAGCCAGAACCUAUCAUUCAUCGUGACUUAAAACCAGCAAACAUCUUGCUUGGACGUAACCUUGUCAGCAAGAUUGGUGACAUUGGACUCAGUACAGUACUCCAUUCCGAUAAUUUCUCUACCAUGUACAAGGACACAGCACCUGUUGGAACACUCUGCUACAUUGAUCCUGAGUAUCAAAGGACUGGUUUAAUAUCUCCAAAAUCUGAUGUCUAUGCUUUUGGAAUGGUGAUCCUACAGCUAUUGACAGCAAAACCAGCAAUAGCACUUGCUCACAAGGUUGAAACUGCCAUUGAAGGUGGGAAUUUGACAGAUAUAUUGGAUCCAGAGGCAGGAGCUUGGCCAAUUAAAGAGACACUAGAUUUGGCUUUAUUGGGACUGAGCUGUGCAGAACUUCGUCGUAGAGACCGGCCUGAUUUAAAAGAUCAAGUGCUUCCAAUACUUGACAGAUUAAAAGAAGUUGCUGAUAGGGCCCAACAAUCUGCUUCAACUGUUACUAUUAAAUCCAAACCUCCUAAUCACUUUAUCUGUCCAAUUCUUCAGGAUGUGAUGGAUGAUCCUUGUGUUGCUGCUGAUGGAUAUACAUAUGAUCGCAAAGCAAUUGAUAAGUGGCUUGAAGAGAACGACAAUUCACCAAUGACCAACAUGGCUUUACCUCACAAGCAUUUAAUUCCUAAUUACACACUUUUGUCAGCAAUUUUGGAGUGGAAGUCCACAGAAUCAUGAUAUCGGCAGCAUUUUCUUUCUCCAUAUUGAUAUUAAGACCAAUAUUUCUCUGAUUUAGGGUUCUUAGAAACAUGUAGCAGUGUCUUGGAUGCAGAUAUUUUUUGUAGUUGUACGACCUAAGAAUGCUGUUUGAUUAAUUUAGGUAGAUUGAUCUUCAUUCAAGUGUAGAUAAAUUUGAUUCUAUUGUCUGAUAGUUACACAUGUCAAUCUUGUUCUUACUAUAAAUAAAUAAAACAAGAAUCAUAUUUUUUUGUAUA